AUCGGGGGAUGCGCAGUGAGACUAAGUCCUGCAAUGAUGUGAGUGCGAAUAAGAAGCACUGGGUGGGUGCAGCGACAGUGAAAGCGACAGAGACAGUGACGAGUCGCGCCCCCCGCGGCUCCCCUGCAGCGUUCCACUCUCCCACCGAAAGCGCCGAGACGCCCCAGUCGGUGAGUCGGACCCUGGCGGGGACCUGCCUGCGCUGCGCGCCCAGCAUCGCCGAUCACCGAGAGGUACUGCCCGGCUAACGGCGUCCAACCGCCCCCACCCUCCACGGGCGCCGUCACCACGUGACCUCGGGCAGCCUGGAAAGCCGCGAGUCGCAUCCAGCGGAGCGCAAUCGGCCGAACCCCACGGACACGACGCGCGACACAGCGGCUGGCAGCGAGACCGGGCGGGAGCAGCUUCGUACCGAAAAGGACCGUAGCGUACGAGGCGAGGGAUCCUCGCCCAGGCUGAACGUGGAUGUGUUGACGCUUCGUCUCUCCGCCUUUAUUAUGCCUCCGUGCCGUUAAAAGGCGCCACCUGUGUGCUUCGCUCCCGCAGCCGAGUUCACGAGCCCUCAUCUCCCCGCAGGACCGCCGCCCACCGCGAUCGCCCGGGCGGAUCCGUCGCUACGCCGCCGUUCUCCAUGGGGCGCGUCGCCUCGCUCGGAACAUGCGCUUCCCCCCGCUGCUGAGCGCGCCGCUCGCAUCGUUCGCUCGUGCACUGGAGUCGCCGCUACGCGCCUGCCAUUCCUGCCCGCGUCGGUCGUCUGGUCGGGGGGCGCCGUGGAACUGAGAUGGGUCUGUCGGCGGCGACACUCCUGGAGCCCAGACACGCGCAGCAGCGGAGCCUGACAGCGGGGGACUGGCUGCUACUCGCGCUCUCCGUCUUCGCCGCGUUACCUGUGCGGCACCUGCACGCGUUCCCGUCGUCCCUGAGCGACUGCCAGACGCCUACGGGCUGGAACUGCUCCGGCUUUGAUGACCGGGAUACAGAUCUCUUUCUGUGCGACACAAACACUUGCAAGUUCGAUGGGGAGUGUCUGAGGAUCGGAGACACAGUGACGUGCAUCUGCGAUUUUAAGUGCAACAAUGACUAUGUCCCCGUAUGUGGCUCCAACAAUGAGAACUACCAGAACGAGUGCUACCUGCGUAAGGACGCCUGCAAGCAGCAGACGGAGGUGCUCGUGGUGUCGGAAGGCUCCUGUCCCGUCGAUGCAGGAUCAGGUUCGGGAGAUGAUGGGAGCGAAGGCUCAGCAGAGACCAGUCAGAAGGAGACUUCCACCUGUGACAUCUGCCAGUUUGGAGCCGAGUGCGACGAGGACGCAGAGGACGUGUGGUGUGUCUGCAACAUUGACUGUUCCCACAUCAGCUUCAAUCCCGUGUGCGCCUCAGACGGCAAGUCCUACGACAACCCCUGCCAGGUGAAGGAGGCAUCCUGCCAGAAGCAGGAGAGAAUCGAGGUCAAGUACCUGGGCCACUGCCAAGGUGACAUGACAGAGGGGGCCAAGCCUGGGGAUGGGCACUCAGCCAGGACAGAUUACUCAGAUGAGAGACCGGAGAGGAAGGGUGACGAGAGGCUGGACAAGCAGGGUGAGGUGGCCCCUGGCAUCUACAUCUCAUGCCCAGAGCACUACAAGAACUACUGCGUCCAUGGUGACUGCGAGCACUCGAACCGCCUGCUGCCCCCCUCCUGUAGCUGCCACUCAGGCUUCAGUGGCCCCCAGUGUGACAACAAGGAGUACAACGUGCUCUACGUGGUUCCUGGCUCAGGCAAGCUGCGCUAUGUCCUCAUCGCCUCCAUCAUCGGUGCUGUGCAGGUGGCUGUCAUCUGUGUAGUGGUGCUCUGUAUCACACGAAAGUGCCCCAGGGGCAGCAGAAUAACCCGGCAGAAGCAAAAUUCCACACACUACGGAUCAGAGAACACGAUGCGCGCGUCCACCAGGCUCAUCUGAGGGACUUGGGCUGACAGAAGACCCCCAUCCCACCCGCACCCUCCCCCAUCCCAAGCCCGGACACUGUGGACUCAUUCACGCAGGGGGUUCAGAGGGAGGAGCAGGGACUCCACACGAUGCCUUGUGUUUGUGGUUUACAACACCAAUGAAGACACAAUGAUACUCCAGCUACGUUUGGUUAUGUAUGGAUACGUACAGUAUAUUUCAAUUAGUUAUACAUUG